AUUAGUUUAGUAGUAUCACUAAGCCCCGAAUCUUUUCCCAUUUCAAGCUAGCGCUACUCCGCUGGAGCCCAGGGUUUGUCUCAAAUCGGCGGCGAGACUACCUCCAGCUUCUAAACCCCGUCCGCCGUCGCUUGAUCUUCUCACUUUUGGUGCGAUCACAGCUUCCCAGAAGCGCAGGAUCAGCAAUAAUGAAGUUCCAGAUAGAGGAGGUGACAGUCUACUUCCCGUAUGACAACAUCUACCCAGAGCAAUACACGUACAUGGUAGAGCUGAAGCGAGCCCUAGAUGCGAAGGGCCAUUGCCUUCUGGAAAUGCCUACAGGGACGGGGAAGACCAUUGCACUUCUUUCUCUAAUCACGAGCUACGCUCUGGCUAAGACUGAGAGCCCAAUCAAGCUAAUCUACUGCACGCGGACGGUGCACGAGAUGGAGAAAACCCUCGCGGAGUUGAAGUUCUUGCAUAAUUACCAGGUUAAGCAUCUAGGGGCGGCUGCAAAGAUGUUGGCGAUCGGCUUGUCGUCGAGGAAGAAUCUUUGUGUCAAUCCGAAGGUUUCGUCUGCUGAGAAUCGGGAUUCCGUCGAUGCUGCUUGUAGGAAGCUGACGGCGAGUUGGGUUCGAUCUAUGGCCGCUGAAAAUCCAAAUCAGCCGACCUGUGAGUUCUAUGAGAACUAUGAUAGAGCAGCGGGUGGUGCCGUGUUGCCUGCAGGAGUGUAUACGUUAGAGGAUCUAAGAGCUUUUGGGAAAGAGAAAGGCUGGUGUCCGUACUUCUUGGCAAGGCAUAUGGUUCAGUUUGCAAAUGUGGUGGUUUAUAGCUAUCAGUACCUGCUUGACCCAAAGGUGGCAGGGAUUAUAUCCAAAGAAAUGCAAAAGGAGUCUGUGGUUGUAUUUGAUGAGGCACAUAACAUAGACAAUGUCUGCAUUGAAGCACUUAGCGUGAGCGUCAGAAGGCAGACCCUCGAAGGAGCUAUAAGAAAUAUUUCUAGGAUAGAGAACGAGAUUGACAGGUUCAAGGACAUUGAUGCUGGUAGGUUGCGAGCUGAAUACAACCGCCUUGUUGAGGGUUUGGCACUAAGAGGUGACCUAUCUGCCUCUGAUGCUUGGCUUGCCAACCCUGCAUUGCCUGAUGAUAUUUUAAGGCAAGCAGUUCCUGGGAAUAUUCGUCGAGCUGAGCAUUUUCUGCAUGUCUUGCGUAGAUUGGUCCAGUAUCUGAAAGUCAAGUUGGAUACAGAUAAAGUUGAAAAAGAAAGUCCCGUUAGCUUUGUGGCCUCUAUCAAUUCCGAUGCGGGAAUCGAUCAAAAAGCGCUAAAGUUUUGCUAUGAUCGCUUACAUUCCCUUCUAAUGACAUUGGAAAUAACCGAUACAGAUGAAUUCCUCCACAUCCAAACGAUAUGCGACUUUGCAACCCUUGUUGGGACCUAUGCCCGUGGAUUUUCCAUAAUAAUUGAGCCUUUUGAUGAGAGAAUGCCACUGAUCCCUGAUCCUGUAUUGCAGGUCUCCUCUCUCUCUCUCUCUCUCUCUCUCUCUCUCUCUCUCUCUCUCUCUCUCUCCCCCCUGUGCAUGUUAUGUCUGUGCUGUCAUGAUGCUUCACUUGCUAUCAAACCUGUUUUUGACCGGUUCCAGUCAGUUGUGAUAACUUCUGGAACUCUUAGCCCAAUUGAUCUAUACCCCCGACUCCUCAACUUCCAUCCAGUCGUCAGCCGUAGCUUUAAAAUGUCCUUAACUAGAGAUUGCAUCUGCCCGAUGGUUCUCACUCGUGGAAGUGAUCAACUUCCAGUCAGUACCAAGUUUGACAUGAGAAGUGAUCCGGGUGUUGUAAGGAAUUAUGGCAAGCUCUUGGUGGAGAUGGUCUCUAUUGUUCCAGAUGGAAUUGUUUGUUUCUUCGUCAGUUACUCGUACAUGGAUGGAAUUAUCAACAGUUGGAACGAGAGUGGAAUUCUGAAGGACAUAAUGCAGCAUAAGCUUGUAUUUAUUGAGACUCAGGAUGUUGUGGAAACCACAUUGGCUCUUGACAACUACCGAAGGGCUUGUGAUUGUGGUAGAGGUGCUGUCUUUUUCUCAGUUGCCAGGGGAAAAGUAGCCGAGGGAAUUGAUUUUGAUCGACAUUAUGGCAGACUAGUAAUCAUGUUUGGUGUUCCUUUCCAGUACACAGAAAGCAAAAUAUUACGUGCACGGUUGGAGUAUCUGAGGGAUACAUUUCAAAUAAAGGAAGGCGAUUUCCUGACAUUUGAUGCCUUGAUAGAUGUAAUGAAUAUAGAACUAACAGAUAGAAAUCUGAAUCAGAGACAAGCUGCACAAUGUGUCGGCCGUGUGAUCCGUUCGAAGGCUGAUUACGGAAUGAUGAUCUUUGCUGACAAAAGAUAUAGUCGUCACGACAAGCGGUCUAAGCUGCCUGGGUGGAUACUAUCACAUUUGCGCGACGCAAACCUUAACUUGAGCACAGACAUGGCCUUACAUAUAGCUCGUGAGUUCCUUCGAAAGAUGGCUCAGCCAUAUGAAAAGACCGGCUCCACAACUGGUCGAAAAACACUCCUGUCGCAGGAAGAUGUCGAAAAGCUGGGCAACAACGGCGCCCAGGAGAUGCUGUAUUAGCCCCAGAACUCUGUACAUCUUUCCCCAUCUUGUAGCUCUCGAAUGUAAAUAUAAUUCCACGCGAGAAGCUUCCUUUGCAGCUCCACAAUUUUGACUGUGAAUCCAUGUCUUUUUUCUUCUUCCGUUGCUGUAUGCUAUAACUGUCUUUGCAUAUUCAACAGCGAUUUAGAGUCCAUAUUGUAUUCAGUGUCUUUCUUCUUCUUCAGUUGCUGUACACCACCACGCUUGCCGCCAGGCGCCAGCAUCUUCCCUCCCCUUGGCUUCUCUGCUAUAGCCACGGCUGCGCUCCCGCGCCUCUGCUCUCUCGUCCAGUACUUUUACUAUGAAUUGGGUGUAAUAUUUGGCUUGAUCAAUCUCUGCUGUUGCCUGGCCUUCGGCGGCCUUCACCUGGCUGUUCUUGGCCUCCAAUUCAUGAAUCUUCUUUCGCAGCAGCUGCUUCAGGGUACUCGCUUGUGUCCCCUAAGAUCGACGCAUUGUCCAUGCGACCUGAGGACUAUAAAUCUCUCGUUCAGCUUCUCCCGCACUCGCCGCUCGACCAUCACGUGGUUCGUGCUCAACUGGUCACUCAGCCGGCGGCUUCGCGUGAAUAGGACGCUGAGCAAGCUGUGGAGGAAUUUGGAUAUGGUCCACCCGUUGGAUUUUGGAGGAUGACCCUCCAUUUUCCAUUCAAUGGGCCAUAAAAAUGGUCCAUUUCAUAAGAAAAAAGUAGUAGUGGAGAGUGAAGCCAACAAUUGAAAAGCAGCUAACGAAAAAUUGUUUUUGGGGUUCGCGGACUGAAAAGGAGCUGACACGAGAGAGUAGAGAAUGCAA